AUGGACAAUGCCCAGAGCACAACCACCAAUGGAGGUCUAGAAGCCAACAAGGACUUUUAUACAUUCAAACUGGAAAAGGAACCCUCAGCCAAGAAAUCUGUCUCAUUUAAAACUAUCGUUUUUCUCCAGUUGUUCAUUCUUGGUGUGUUUGUGAUUGGACUCGUCAUUGGUCUAGUUGUUGGAAUUUACGCGUACAAAGGUCAAAAUGAACCAUGUACAAGACAUCAUGACCAGCCUCGCGUUCAACAUCAAAUCAGUCAUUUAUCAGAGAGCACUCAAUCGCCCACACAUCACCAUCACACUCAUCCCACAGAUUUCUUACCGAACUCGCCAAUCAAUUUCAUCGACGAUGGCAUAAAUGUUAAUAAUUUUGAAGAGAUACCAGACUUUGUCGAUGUCACUACAGUGCCCCCCGAAGAAACAGAAGAUAAUUGUAAAGUAUGCAAAAAACGGGAGUCGGAAUCUCAAGCAAGUGAUAAAAAACCUGUGUUUGCUCCGCUAACGGUGGCGGAAAUGAACUUAACACACGAGAUUCUUCGAGAAAAUUCUAUUAUCAGUCUAGAAUUUAACAAGACAAACGAUCUUAAAACUGAUUUUCUUCAUGCCAUGCAACUGUCACCUCCCAACAAAAAAAUGGCGCUGGCCUAUUUGGAUUCAAACGGCACUUAUCCCGGUCGUUAUGCCAGUGUGUCUGUCAACAAGGGCGCGGCAGAUCCGCCCUAUUACAUGGAGUACACCGUCGGCCCCCUUGAUGGACCACGGGAAAACAUCACUAUUGUCCCCUUACUGGAUAGAGAUGAAGUUCCCUACAGUCGGCGACCAUAUGACAUAUUUGAGAUUGAACUCAUCAUGGUAUUUAUAUUCCGGGAAAUCGGGAGUAUGCAAAGGAUGAUCCAGGAGAGCUUUGAUACCUCCGACGCCAUGGACGACCUCAAUGUUAUACCUGUUGGUCCGUACGAGUCCGAAGAAGGAAAGAGAAUCAGUCGUUUUUCUUUGUCCAUGAGAGGUCUCGGUAACAGAGAUAUGGAUUUCCUCUCGUCUUUACCAUUGUCUGGUAAGAUCAACCAUGAGAGUCUGAACACAUCAGAUUGGUACAUAUUCGACUACUACUAUAUGAACCAGGGCCCUUUUCCGAAUAGCUCAUUCCUUUACAGCGCUUACCAUUACGAUAUGAUAACAAAAAUAAGGUUUCCACCGAACGCUAAAGAUCGUAUCCAGCAGAUGGCUUUUCCACAACGGGACGAACAUGCCUUACCAAGAGAAAAUUCUAAUUUCCCGGGACCAAAGACAUACGAACCAAGUGGUCCUCGAUACACAAUAUCAGGACAUGACAUUUCCUGGUUAGGUUGGACUUUGUCGGCUUCUUCCAAUACUCUCAGGGGACCUUCUAUAUUCAAUGUAAAAUUUCGAAAUGAACGUAUCCUGUAUGAAAAUUCCCUGAAUGAUAUCGGUCUCGUAUAUUCGGCUGACGAUCCAGGAAAGGACAAUGUUGUAUACAACGAUGCGGAAUACGGCAUUGGCAAUGCGAAACAUCCACUGGUGGGCACGGAUUGUCCGGAACAUGCUACAUUACUAAAUAUAUCCACUUGGCAGACUCGAUCUGGAAAGGCGUCCGUAGUUCCUGGGAUUUGCGUGUUCGAGCAGGACAACCAGGAACCGCUGUGGCGACAUAAUGGGAUUGGUUUCCAAGUUGGCGUCCGAAAUAGGUAUCUUGUGGUGAGGUACCCAACCAGAAUCGGCAAUUACGAUUACAUUUUUGAUUUCGAGUUUCACCUUGACGGACGUAUGAAGACAAAGGCAAUCGCCACUGGCUUCCUGUUUGGUUCUUUCCACGAUCCCUAUACUCUGAACUUUGGUGGGCCCGAUGGGAAAACGCCGUUUGGGUACAAAAUCGGUAGUUUUAUCACCGGACCUAUACAUGAUCAUACGUUUGGCUUCAAAGUCGACCUUGACAUCGUAGGACCCAAAAAUAACUUUGAAUUAAUUCAUUGGAAGUCUGGCGACGUGUUUGAGGCGGUUAAUUCGUAUCGUCAGGUGAAUGUAACUCCACCGUACUUUCACCUCAAUCAGACUCGUUAUAUUGAAUGGGAGAAAUUACAGACAGAAGACCAACUCGAUAUCAAUUUGGUGAACCAAACAUUUUGGACCGUCGUUAACAACCAGAAAAGGAAUGCGUGGAAUGUAAGUAGAGGCUACAGAAUUAUGACUAUGGCAACUGGUACACAGAACCUUGGUGACGACUAUCCAAUGAUGAGCAGCAUUGCAUUCACAAAACAUCAGUGUCACAUCACGAAACGUAAAGAAGAAGAACCUUACCUGAAACCUAUUUAUAAAUAUAGUAACAACAAAAACAGCAUGAACGUGAAGCGAUACCUCGAAGAUAUGGUUGAUGGUGAAUCAAUAGAUAACGAAGAUCUGGUCACGUGGUUGUCAAUGGGAUUUUUGCACAUUCCAACUUCAGAAGAUGUACCCAUCACUUCACGUGUUGAGACGGGGUUCAUAUUAAAACCCUUUAACUUCUUUGAAAACACGAUGACGUAUGACAUUCCGCAGUAUACAAAAGUCGCUGAUAAGGUAUUCGACACUGAGCCUAAAGAAGGAGACUGCUACGUCCGAUCCUAA